AUUUUGUAGCCGGAAUUGCUCGAGCAAUGUAGUGAGAAUUUUAGCCCACAUGUGUACCUCAAUCAAUACCGAUGGAGCAUGCUGCCACUCAUGAUGAGCCGCAGCAGCUCAAUGAUGGGUCGGACCAGGUGAUCGACUCCAAACUCGGUGAUGCAUCGAGGCCUAUCGGCGCUAAACUCACAAAGUCAGAGGAUCUCGAGAAGCCACAGGAUCCUGAACUGCCUAUAGGAGCCCGCAACUCGAAGCUAAGCGAGCUCGAAGUGCCAAAAGAGUCUGCGCUGCCUAUAGGAGCAAGAACUGCAAAGCCCAGCGAGCUAGAAACGCCUAGGCCUAAUGAGUCUGAGGCGUCAUUUGCAGCAGAGAAAGGCCAAGGUGCUGGUCAGCCAGAGAGCUGGCGUCACUCCAAGCGUUUAGGUGGCUGGGACAAUCAAAGUACAACGACACUACGGCCAAAGUCGAGCUCACGAGGCAGAGGGCACAGUCGGAGUCGAGAGCGCAGAAAGGAGGAGCGCAAAGGGGAUGGCGAUGAGGGGCGCAAAGCAGGUCGCCGCUCUCCCAGACGCUCCCGAUCUAGACGCUCCCGGUCCAGACGCUCCCGGUCUAGGCGCUCUCGCUCGCAUCGGCAAGGGCGGCGCUUGCCCCGGCGCAGGUCUCCAAGACGGAGCCGCUCUAGGCGGCCGAACUGGCGACGUGAGCGGAACGAUGAGAGAGGAAAAGAUUCCAGGCCAAAAGCAGAGGAGGCUCCUGCUGAACCUGCUCCGGAGGCAAAGACACCUACCGGAAAAGGUCGCGGCAAGAAAGGUAUUGAAGCUCUUGAACAGUGGCGUCGGGAACCUGCAGCAAAGCCCAAAGGUGGCCAGCAGGAAUCUCCCGCUUUGAACCCGAGCAUGGGGUUCAGUGCAAUGAUGCAGCAGGCAGCUGCACAGGCCAUGGGGGCCAUGGCUCUUCAAGGCUUCAUGCAAUUUCCCAACAUGGCAGCUGCACCAGUGACCAUGCCUGCAGCGGUUCCACCGGCCGCCGUUCCACCUGCACCAACAAUGCAGGUGCCUCAGAUGCCCCAGCUGCCUCAGGUGCCCCAGGUACCUCAGACACUCAACGAGCCUGCUGCAGACCCCAACAGGGUGAGGAUAACGAAAGAAAGAGCUGUCCAGAUUCUCAAUGAGUUUCGUCAAGUCUUGGCGGAUGGAGAAAAUCUCCUGGAGCAGUAUCGGGAGGAGGGUUCGCUAGCCAUCCAGCCCCAGGCAUCAUCAGAGGAGAUUGUGGCUGACUUUCAAGCUGGGGCUAUUCCAAUUGAAGACAGGAAGCCAGAGGGCCCACAGGCGGAGGCUGCACCAGAGGAGGCUGCACCAGCGGAGGCUGCGCCAGCGGAGGCUGCGCCAGAGGAGGCUGCGCCAGCUGCGCCAGAGGAGGCUGUGACAGCAGAGGCUGCGCCAGAGGUGCAGGAGGCUGGAGCUGAUGCGGCAGAUGAGCAAAUUGUGGCCGUCCAGGAGCCGCAAGCGCUGCAAGCAGUGUCUAGGUACGAGAUCCAUGGCUUCAAAAACCCCGAACUGAAUGGCAUCUAUGCGAUCAACGAGAACCCUGAUGCUAUUGUGAAUGGAAGAGCCACAUAUUGGAAGGGCAAGAAGGGGGAGCUGGGAUCCAUCUUCAUGUGUUGGAGCAACGAGAAGAGCAGGUGGCACAUCUCACCGCAAUUCGCCUCAGAAGACCUCUUCAGAGUGGUGCACAGAGGUGGAGAUCGAGGCGUAGCUGUCAGCACAGAAGAAGAGAGGAUUUGGCUUGAACUCUGGAAUGGACAGUGGGACGAGGUGGAGCUUCACAUCGGCUGUGAGAUGGAGGAGAACGGUGUCCUCAAAUUUGUUCCGGAUGCGUCGUCAAUACCAGAGCACAUCCAGGCUCAGAUGCGACAGGGUUCCCAAACCCGGCAACAAGAGUCUGCACCUGAAGGCCAGCCCUCACAAGGGGUGGCCAUCUCGGAGGUAGAAGUUGGGCAUGAAGAUCGAGAUGUUCAAGCCAUGGACAUGAAUGUCCCAGAAGACACAAGUGGCCAAGUUGACAUGGAGCAGCUCAAGUUGCCAGAGCACUUGCGACGUAAACCCAUCACACGACGUAUUGUGGAGUACGACACGCCGAGCUGGGAGGAGACAAGGUCCGGUAAUCAAUACCAAAGCAGCCAGAUGGAGGAGGAGGUGCAAGGAGUCAACAAUUGGAGCAAAGGAUCAGGUAAGGGUCAAGAUUUGGUCGAAAGGAUGCCAGACUGGCCAGGUGUUGAAAGAGAUGACGACAAGACGAAGGUUUCAGCAGCUAGCAAAAAGGGCAAGGAGGAGGAUAGUGACGAGCCUGGUGCUAAAGGAUCAAGGUCCAAGGGUAAAAAGAAGGAGAAAAAGAAGGAGAAGGAGAAGGAGAAAGAAAAAAGAACCCAAAAGACUGAAAAGACAAAAACCAAGAACGAGAAGGACAGAACGCCCAAGGCCAAGGCAAAAAACAAGAAAAGAAAGACCCCUUUUGUUCUACACUGACUCCCUGCUGGGAGCAAGAGAACGAAGCGUCUGAAGCUUCAAUUCACUGCAGAAUCUGAGACUGUACUGUAUCAGAUGUCAAGACACUUCGCUUUGGUCUAGAAGUAUUUCCUGUUUGAUUGCGGUCCUUUCCAAAUGGAUUUCUGAGGAUUGAAGAUGCUGAAUGCCAAUGGACAGAACUUUCAGCGAGUUCAAAUGGCAACUUGUGUAAGGUGUGUAUUUUCCGUUGCUAGAGACAGUGGCUGGACCAAUGUGUCUAAUUUCGAUACUGCCAUAAUUCCUUAUUCAGGCCGGCAGAGUUUGCUAUCCUGGAGCGCUGUGAUGGUUUGUUUGAGGUGGUCACUUUGCAAUCAGGUACCGCCAGGCCUGGCAACCUAGGGAAUGGUACAGUUUCUCCCCUUUUAUGACAUGCCGUCUAUUUGAUGAAGGGUCAGUAAGGUUGAAAUGUUGAGUUGCUCAGAAUACCUGCUCAGACUGUUCCCUAUUGCUGGCUUAACAUGUUGCCGUUACAGUGCAACAUUGUAGUGGCUCCUUUGGCUCCAGAGUUGUGUCACUGCUUUGUCAUGCAUGUUGGCCAUGAGGAUGCUGAAGUUGAUGGAUCAAAAGGGCCAAGUAAGCGUUUAAAGGUGAUUUGAGCAGAAAACCUGAGCCGCACACUCAGUGUAGCGGCAGUAACGGUC